ACGUUUAUCAAGACGAAGGAAACCGACAGACUUUUAGCACAAACAAAAAGGCGAACGCAUUCACAACAAAAAAAUCACAAAAAAAAAAACUAAAACACUUACACAUUUACAUGAACACUUAAAAAACAUACUCGCACUCACAUACACCGAAACAAACAAAAAAAAAACUAAACUAACGAAAGCAGAGGGUAUUUAACCGACCUCAAAUCAAUUUGCAAUUUCAGUCUAUCUCCGUGUUGCAGCGUUGCAUGAACUCUCUCGUAAUUAAAAAAAAAAAUAACAGAAAAAAGUAAAUUUUUUUUAAAUUUUUUACUUUUUGUAACGGUCAAAGAAAAAAAACUAAUUAUAAAAAUUAAAUAAAAACUAUAAUGGAUUACUAAGCUUGAACUUGACAUUUUUAUUAAAAAAUUGUUUUUGUGUAAUGUUUUUUUUUUUUUUUAAAGUUAAACCAUAACUAAACUUACGGCUAAAUGUUAGAAUAUAAAGUUUUAAACAUAAAACAACUAAAAUGAACAAAAAACGUGAUUAUUAUAUUUAAACAAAAAUUUAAAGAAGUGAUGGUUUGACGAUUUUGGCAUUAAUUAGACGAUUAUCUAAUAUAAAUGGUGACAAUUUUUUUUUGUUGUUUUGAAAAAAAAAGUGCCCUAAAUACUGAAACCUAGUUUGAUUGGAAUGCAAUGAACAUAAUUUAUUAAUAGUGUUAAACAGAAACAAUAUAAAAAAGAAGCUUUGUUUUAAAUAAAACCCAACAAAUAUUGGGGUCUGUGGCUUCAAACAUGUUUUAACGAUCAGCCAACCAGUUGCAAUUUUAAGCACGUUCACUUAGCCAAGUUUAUAACACGAAUGAAUGGACGGAAAAAACCCCCUCUUUGAGUAUCGAAGAGCAUUAUUACAACAUCUUUAAAUGGUUAAAAAAAAAAUAAAUUAUGUAUUUUUGAAAAAGAAGCUAAAUUUAUAACAAACUGUAAGCCAUCAAACACGUUCAAUGAACGAUUUAUUUAAAAAAAAAUUUGUUUGAGCGGUUGUGUUAAGAAAACCUUUAAGUUUUUCCCCAAUUGGUUAAACUAAAACCUAACGGACGCCUCUAAGUAAUAAAACGAAAUAGAAAAAUUAAAACCGUUAAAGCAACGACCUUGAAAAUAAAGCACGUAAAGAAGAAGUAGAAGAAAAAAAAAACUAAAAUAAACAUAAACAAACAAAACCCAGCACGUUUAAAACGAAAACCUCAAACGUUAAGAGUUGUAAUAGAAAGUGAAAGUCAAGAAACUUAAACUCUGGGUUUAAUAUUUCUUUCUCGGUUUGGUUUUGCAGAAAAAAAGAUAGUUGGGAAGCUGUGUUAAACUAUUAUUUGCAAUUGACUGCAAAAAAAAAAAACCAAAGCAAAGCAAAGUUUUAGAUUACCAACUCUCUACUACUGGUUACCACACGUAAGAGGUGAUCUUGCAGCAGAAAACAAACCAACACAGCCAACGAUCGCUAACAACAUAAACAGAUAAUUGAAGUUCAAGUUGUUGGAAAACAAAACCACUAAUACAGCACAAUUAAAUAACAAUUUAAAAAUUACCACAAAAAAAAACCCACAAAAUUUUGUAAUAUUGGAUUUCAAUAAUAGAAAAAGUAACGGUAAAAACCCCCCUAAAGCAAAUCCAAGUGUUUCUUAUAGAAACGUUAAAAAAAACUAAAACAACAUGAGUGAACCCAUUAAAGAAUCUAACCUUAAAGAUAUGCCUCAACCGGAAGAAGUUAUACAGCUGGUAACAGCUAAGGAUAACAACAACAGCAGCAGCGACACCUGUGAGAUACGCAGUCAACAUAUUAAAAAUGCUCAUACAUUUUUGGUGACCACUGUAAGAACAGAAGAAGUUACCACCACUACCACACAAACACAAUUAAACAACCGGGAUCAGCUUAAAGCAGUGCCAGUUGUUACAUCCCCCGUAGAGGAAAAGCCCUGCUGCAGUAGUUCUUGUUCUUCUCCGGAAUGUUCCACAAAAGCCAUAGUUCCUUUGUCUUCCUCUUUACCGUCUAAACUUUUAAGAUUUCAUGCUAAAAAGUCCGCACAAGCUUUAUUACAGCGUCUAGAGUCGCAGGAACAAUCUGUGGAUUCGCAAUUUGAUAGUGAUGAGGGUUUGACGGCGGGCUUUAGUGGCUGCAGUAGUAAUAAUGGUGAGGAUUAUAAUUCGCAGGAUAGUUGUGAUUCUUUGGAACAUUUGCCACUACCAACAGCUCCCGCCAUGUCUCCACCUCCGCCACGUAAUUCUCCUUCCGCGGAUAAUAUUGAUGAGAAAAUAGAUGUUGGCAUGGGUUCUUCUAUAGAAGGUUCUGAGGAAUCUGAGGAAGAUGAUGAGUUGAAGCCUUUGGCAGUGGAUAAUCAUGUUUUGCAUGAAAUAGAUCUAAGAUGCAGCUCAACCAACACCACCACCAGCAGUUCCUUAAGCUCCAAUACACCCAUUUCUACAGCCGUUUUAAGCUGUCCUGAGAAAUCCACCAGCAAUACCGCUAUCCUAAGUGAGGCCAAUUUGGAAAAAUUCCGUAAACAUCAGUCCGUGGCACAAGCUCAUCCCAUAAUGGAUAAUAUAUAUUUACAUCCUAAUUUUAAAUAUGAUUUCCAAACUAAAGAACAAACUAACGACAACUGCCCUAAAACGGCUGAUAACCCCAACUCACCAGUUUUAGAAACCAAACGGGUACAUCGCUCCUUCUUAACCAUGAAGAAAACAGAACCUUUAGCUGCCGAGAAGGCCAAUUCGGUGGUAUCUCAGGCCACCUCAGCCUCGGGUGAUAAGACCCUGAUAAAUGAAAUAGAUAACCUAGAUCCAGCUUUAAUACCCAGUGAUGAUUUGGCCGCCGAAAUAGCCGAUGCUGUUGAGUAUUAUUUCUCCAAUGAUAGUAUACUCAAAGAUGCCUUUUUACUCAAACAUGUCAAGCGCAAUAAGGAGGGUUAUGUUAGUCUGAAAUUGGUUUCCAGCUUUAAACGUGUUCGACAAUUGACCAAGGACUGGAAGGUGGUGGGUAAUGCGGUAAGACGUAAAUCGCUUAAGAUAGAACUCAACGAUGUGGGCACCAAGGUAAGACGUAUUGAAGCUUUACCCAAUUUCGAUGAGACCAUGCCUUCACGCACUAUAGUGGCUUGUGAUUUGCCCUUAGAUAAAUUGACCAUAGAAAAGGUUUCCGAUAUAUUCUCCAAAUGUGGUGAAAUAGCUUUGAUACGUAUUUUGAAACCGGGCAUGGCCAUACCCGUAGAUGUGCGUCAAUUUAUGAACAAGUAUCCGGAAAUGCAGCAAAAAGAAUGUGCUUUAGUGGAAUAUUUGGAAUCGUCCUCGGCUAGAGAAGCCAGGAAUUUGCAGGGUCCUUUUAAGGUUUACGAAAUGGUGGCUCCCAAAAAGAAAACUGGCAAAAAGGCAGUCAUACAGGUUUCGGCUCCGGUGGUACGUAUGGUGGAGAAUUAUCGCUAUUUCAAUGAUCACAGCUAUGAACGCACAAGGGGUGGCAGUUUCAGUGGUAUGCCAGUACAAGAUAUCGAUUUACGCUAUAGAUUGAAACGUAAUAAUUCAGAUUUUGCCGCGAAGGCCUAUAACAACGAUGUUCAUCAAUCGUAUGGACCCACAACAGCGGCGCCACACUAUCAUAAUGCAGCAUCGACUGGCUAUACACCAACACAUCGUGGUAGUUUUGGCAGUGAUCAUCAUGCGCAUCAGCCUCAACAUCAUCAGCAGCAUCAGGGGCAUCAUCCAGCCUCAGGACAUUAUCAACACCGUGGUAGUAUUAAUCAAGAUGCCCUAUCCAGUCAACCACCUUCGUCUCCCGGCACCAACAGCAAUUUCUUUGCUUAUACUCCUCGCAGAUAUAGCAACACCUCAACGAUAUCGGCCCAUACAGCCAACAAUAACAGCAUUAAUAAUAUUGACACCACAGUCAUGUCGACCAAGCCGACACACACGAAUUUGAACAAUAUCUCUAAUAACACUAGCAACUCCCACAAUCUGGUGAGACGUCUGUCGAACUGUUCUCAAGAAGGUUAUGCCGAUGCCGUAAGACGUUCAUCAAAUUGUUCGGAAAAUGCACCGCAAAGACGUGAUUCCAACUGCUCCGAUAAUUGUCCCUGUACAAGACGUAUUUCUGAUUUUGGCCAGACAGAAGUAUAUCGUAAAACUUCUCAGGGCUCUAUAGGUAGUGGUGGAGAAAGACGUUUCUCUAAUGGUUCCAUGCAAUUCGAAAGAACCUUUUCGAAUGGCAGUGAUAUAAGUAAUCACUUUCAACGCAGACCUUCCAAUGACUUUAAUCUGGAGCGUAAGCAAUCGUUGGAAACCCAAACUGGCUCGCCUUAUGAUGAUCCCAAUGUGGGUGGCGGUGGUGGUGGCUAUAAUGUCUUUCCACGACGUUAUUCCAAUAAUUUUAACAAUAAUAUUAGCAGCAAAUUGGCCGCCUAUGAUAAUGCUCAAUACAUCAAUGGCCGACGUAUAUCCACCGAUUCUGGUUAUGAUCGUCGUUUUUCAUUUGGUUCCGAGUACGAGGGUUCACCACGCUCACGUACUAAUAGUUUUCUUAAUAACUAUAAACACGGCAUCAAUGAUUAUGAUGGCCAACCUCGUUCACGCACCGGUAGUUUCCUGGAUGGUUCACCACGCUCUCGCUCAGGAUCAUUUGCUACACGCACAGCUGAACAUUUGGUGCGCACACCUAUGGGACCAGAUGGUAGUAAGGGAUUUGGUUCAAGGGCUCGUAAAUUUGAGCAAACUAUAUCGCCCGUUUAGGCGGCCUAUAUACAUAUGUAUGUAUAGCUGUAUAGGAAAUUUUGGUAAUAAAAUUAUUAAUUAAUACAUAUUUAAGUUAUAAAUAUAUUAACUAAUGUAUGCUUAAGUUUUUUUUUUUAAUUUUACUAAAAUUUUAUAUUUUAUCUAAAUGUGUAAUAUUUCAAAACUAAUUUCUUUUAAAUUGCCUUCUUUGUGCUUUAAUUGUCCUGAAAAUUUUUAUAAAUAAUAAAUUUUUAAAAUAUUUUCUUUUAAACUUUAAUAAUUAUGUUUUAAAGUACUUUUUUUUCUAUUAUAUUUAUAAAUUUAAA